AUGAUUCCUCGCAUCUGCUCCUGCAAGAAGAUCUUGCUGAUGCCUCCUGAUCUAGACGAGAUUGAUCAUAUCACGGAGAACAUGGUGGCCAUGAACAAAGAUCUGUUGAAGCCUCUCGUCCAUGCAUAUGGGCAAGCCGAAGUUGUGGCUACAGUGCCGGUGCUUACACCGCUGGUGGCACAGCUCUUCACAGCGGUCUUCCGGAAAAGCUAUGCUGUAGUGGUUUACCCGGAUCUGGCAGACUACCACCCCAGGCCCGACUUCGAGAUCCGCUACUUGAACAAGAAAGCUAGCAAAGCAAGAAAGAACACCCCUGCAGCCGGUGCAGAAGCAGUGUUUGCAUUGUCACGAACUCUUGUAUGUUCUGCAGGGGAUGACUUUGAUGCCGAAUGUCUGAGUUCGAAUGCAGUUGAAGGGGCUUUGCCGAGCAUGGAUGCAUACAGCCGCCACGUUCACCUGACGAAGUCUUUGAUUGCGAAGGCUGCUGCCGAGCUUAAAGUUGGUAUGGAUGAGCCCCUCACACGUGCCAUGCAGAAAACCCUUUCCGAUGCUGCCAAGAAGCAGUGGGCCAAGACGAGUGACGAAGAGGCAGCCGUGCCUGCUGCCAAGAGCAGAGGGCAGGGAAGCGGCCGGGGAAAUGGCCGUGGAAAGGGUGGCCGGGGAAAGGGUGGUCGGGGCAACGGUGGCCGGGGAAAGGGUGGUCGGGGAAAGGGUGGUCCGGGCAAAGCUGGGCGGGGAAAGGGCAAAGGAAGGGGAAGGGGGAAGGGUGGUGGCAAGGGCCUCGCUGCUAAGCUACGCCGAUCUCUUUCGACCAAGCUUUCCGAGGACUGUUCGAGCACCAAGGCGAAAGCUGCUCCCAAGAAAGCCAGUGCCAAAAAAAAGGCAAAGAGAAACCUUGCAGAGGCCGAGGUUCCAGCAUCGAUGGAGCACCCCGUGGACAGGCUGAAUGCACAGCUUCAAGCUUUCGAAGAUGACAAAGGCCAGGAGUUUGAUGCCAGCAAGAAGACGUGGGGCAGGGUCUCAGAUGAGCUGAAAUCGCAAGGCUAUGGUGGGAUCCAGUGCCUGUACUUGGGUGGUCACCACUGCAUGUCCCGGAGCAUUCAAAUCUUCAACUCCUGUGUUCGCCUUCUGCAGUCGCAUCCAGAGUGGAAUGCCGUGCAUCCCAACUUCCGUCGGGAGUACGAAAAGCUCCUGCACCAGUGGGACUGA